AGUGAAUUGUGAGGUUACGUUACAUCGAGAAAUUCAAAAGUUCUGGGAUGUAAAUACUUAGAUUAUAGUCUAUGAUCUAAUUGUAAAUAGCAUAAAAUGAGUACCUCCUUAGCAGAACAACUCCGAAAGCUAGCAGUGCCCCAAACGUCAGCUCUUAAACGUGACAAAAAACGGGCCUCCCUGCUUUUUGAACCAAAAGAAGCUGCAGGACUCAAACGAGACACAGUUUACCAAAUUGGCCUAGAAGGCCUCGAAGAACUAGUACAGAAAAAUGCCGUUUUCGACCAGUUUCACGACACAUUGUUUCACAUCACUUCCAAAGAUUUUGAAAGGUCAGUCCAAGUCAAAGAUGCAAACAGCAAGCUGGAUAAGAAUAUCGGAAAGUUUCUGCUCAUGGCAUCCCCCUAUUUCAUGUUGAAUUGCACACACAAAGCACUAGAAUGGUUAAUAAAUAGGUACUCAAUCCAGGAAUACAAUAGGGAAGACUUGUUGAUGCUAUGUCUGCCAUAUCAUGAGUCAAACAUUUUUGUGAGAGUCAUCCAACUGAUGAAAUUCAAGGAUACCAGGGAUAGUUUCUUUUUCCUCAAGGCCUUGCAGAAAUCAGGUGCACAUCUCACUAAGCUGAGCUUGCUGAACCAUGCUUCUACAAAUAGUGGAUUUCUCAAGUUUGUGACCAAGUAUUUGAUACAGCUGCUCAAAGUCCAUGAGAAACCAAAUUUACUUACUGUUGUGUUUAAUUUUUAUUGUACUGUGUUCACUGGAGCCCUAGAGUAUUCCCAAAAGAUGAAUGAGGAUCAGAUAUCACAAAUGCUGCCUCUACUACUAAAGGGUUUGAACUCCCCAGUUCCUGAUUUCUGUGCUGCUUCUUAUGUAGUCACUGCUAGAUUAGUCACAAAAACAACAUUGUCCUCAAUACUUUUGGACAAACUAGUUGAGAAAAUUUCAGAAGUGAGAGUUCCAAAUCUCAAAACUGAGGCAUCUCUUAUGUUGAUUGUUUUGUACCAGUCUCAGAAGCAUUAUACUACCUUACCACCUGUUGCUGUUGCUAAUUUGUCUGAGAAAGAAUGGUUGCCUAAGGAGUUGCAGAGUUUAAAUGAGGCUGGCAGCCUUAUUUACCCAUUUUUGGAAAUUUUAAUCAGAAGGUUCACUGAGGAAGGAGUCAACAAUGAUUUGAAGUUGGCUCAGGAUAUGGUCAAGGAUUGUUUGGAUCAAAUCAAAAUAGAAAAUGAUUUUGUUGGGAAUAUUUUACAAUCUAUUCUGGAUGUCGUACGACCUAAAACGAAAAUAGCCGAACAAUCCCGACUUUGGCUAACGGAAAUUGUUCAAAAACUGGAAACUCAAUAUCCUGAAGCAUUCGACAAAGAAGUCUACACAAUUCUAUCUACAACCGACAAAAAAUCAAUGCGUCAUAAGAAAACGCUCAUGAAAAUCCUGAAAAACACUGUCACUUACCGUAGUAAAUUCGACAUAUUCGAAAAACUAUACCACCCUAACCAGAUGAUACGAGGUGAAGCCUUGAAAUUCCUAUCUGAAAAUUUUGAUUCACUGAAAGAGACCGACAAGGAAAUCAUCCUGAGCUCAUUCUCAGAUAGAUUGAAAAGUGACGAAGUCACCGUCGUGAAAGAAACGUUGAAUGUCCUCCAAAGAACCCCCAAAAUCAACAAGACUCUAUUCAAGGACGUGCUUAUACUCCUCGCAGAAAAAUAUUUUGGAGACAAAGAAAAAUGGGAGUCUAUCUCAAACAUGGUCAUUGAAAUGUUGUCGUCUAACUUUGAAUCUACUGACUGGUUAGUCUUCUCAUCAUUGUUACCGUUCUUGCUACCAGAUAAUUAUGAGGACUACAGAAGAUCCAAAAAACUCGUUGAGUCAAAUUUCAUAACUGGACACAUUCUGUUCAAGUCACAACUCCACAAGUUCAAAGGUGUUCGUGAUUCUGAGUCAUUCUGCAAAAUCGUAUUGAAAAUUUUAGGAGGUAACUCUGAUCCCCAUAUACUUACAGCUUUUCAGCAAAGUGCUGUGGAUAGAAAAGUUUCUUCAGUAUUUGGAAAAUAUCUAGAGGCUUUUCUGAUUACCAUGUUGUUACCUAAAAAUUAUAGCAUUGAAAUUGAGAGAAUUGUAGAUUUACUUGGAAGUGUGCAGAGUAUUGGUGAUGUUUUUGCUAAUGAGGCGUCUGUUCCUCAGUAUAUUGCAGCAGCUGGUCUAGGAAAACUCCCUGUACAGGGCGUUCUGAAAUUACUAGAAAUAAUUAUCAAGAAAACAUCAAAACCUCAGCCGAAUUUCCAUUCAUCUGAUUUUUCUGUCGCAUGUAAUCAAACAGUUCAUAUAAAACUUGUUAACAUUUUGAUGGUUGAGGAGGAGAAGUAUGAAAAACUUCUAGGGGCUGCUUUGACCAGGUUUUUUGAUAAUUCCGCCAUCAUAGUCGAGUUCCUACUGAACGUUAGCAUCUCAGAGAAUCCUCUUCUUAGAGAUACUUUCAAACUCAACACUCUUCUGUAUCUGAAAAAAACCUUGAAUGUCACAGACAUUGAUAAAGAACUUCUCCACGUCGAUCACCCCAUAACUUCCUAUCUCUUGGUACUACUUUCUGACCCUGACCAAAAUGUUCGUCAACAUGUCUUCGAAGUAUUCAACAUUCUUGUGGAAAAGUUCAGCAAAAAAUCAGGUACAUACUACCAUUUCUUGGAUAACUUGAAAAAAUAUACGGAAGAAAUCCUUAUGGAUCAUGAACAAGUGCCCUUGAUCAUCUUCAACAUUCUAGAUUCUUCAAGCACUAAAGGUAAAAAGAACGUUUCAGACUUGAACUCUUGCCGAAAUCAUUUGUUCAAAAUCGCUUGUGCAGUCGAAAGCCCUGUAUAUCUGAAAGCUGGCGUCCUAAAACUCUUUUCACACAUCAACACUUUCAAUUUCCUAGAAGAAACAGCCAAAGUAGCCCUAGAUAUCCUUAUCAAAAACCCAGAGACCAUCAAGGGAUUUGAAGCUAAAGUCCUUGGCCACAUAGUCAGUCGAAUUGAGGCCGACGUCCUAUCAAAGCUGACUCUUGAAUCCGACACUUGGACCCUAAUCCAAACCUGUAUAAAAAAUGACCGAGCCAUCAUUCACAAUGAUUCUGAGGAUAAAAUCUGUCCCUCGCCGCUCAUGCUCAACCAACUAGACAAAGAAAUCUUCAACAAACUACCCGAGCCAAUCGUUGAAAAACUCCUCGACACCAUCAUAGAUAUUUCUAGCACGGCACAGAACCCUGAGGUACUUCCAGCUGCUAGUAGAAUCUUCAAGCACAUAGAUCUCGAUGCCAAGCUGAUUCUGGAGCAGCUCAAUGCUAUGAGAGAUGUCCAGUCUUCAAAACAAGACCCCUCGAAGAAGAGGAGAAGGGUUAGUGUAGUACCAACUGUUGAUAUACUGGAUACUCUCGACUGGAAGAAAGGCGUCACAGUCUUGGAGUUUCUACAGGACAAGAAGAAAAUCAGGAACGUUGAGAGUCUGCUUCAGGUACUCUUUGAGCUACUCAAACGUUGUCUGGACUUUGAUGAGCAAACAGCUGUUGAAUACCCCAAGCAACUGUUGUUGUCUUCCAUUUUGCAUUGCUGCUCUAAAACAGAAACAGUUCUCCCAGAAAACGUUUUCAACAUAGAGGUUAUUGUACAGUGUAUAAGAGCCUCGCAGAAUCCGCAAACACAUCAUCAUGCUUUGCUGGUACUGGCUCAUACUGCACACUUGAUCCCUACACAAGUACUACACCAUAUGAUGGCCAUUUUCACCUUCAUGGGGUCUUCAGUACUGAGGCAUGACGAUGCUUACAGUUUCCAGAUUAUUUCCAAAAUCAUCGACACCAUAAUCCCGAUUUUGGUUAAAGACAACCAAAGUUCUGACAUUGCUAAGGUACUCAGAGUCUUUGUAGACGCUCUGCUAGACGUACCUGAGCACAGAAGGACACCUCUCUACAAACAGUUAUUGGAGCGCAUAGAAGCCAAAGAGAACCUCUAUAUCUUCCUACUGCUUGUAUUUGAGUCACAAGUGAUGCAUAGUAGCCAAGAUAAACAGAGGAAAGAUGGUGGCCAAAGAAGACUAGACAUCGCUGCAAGUUUGUGCCGAGAAUUUCAACCUGAAACUGUCAUAAUCACCAGCAUCAAGCUACUCAACUAUCUCCAGAGUUUGCCAGAUGAAAAAGACGAUGGUAUGCAAGUAGACAGUACCAGUACCUUCGAUUUAGCUACUCACGCACCCAAAGACUUCAGGCACUACAAGUAUAUCCUACUCAAGUUCACAGCGAAUCUUUUGGGCUCCACAGAGUUCGUCAACCAAGCAGCUGCUUUGAGUGAAGAAGAAGAGUUGUCUCUGGAGCCGCUCUUCAAAGAAAUGAUCGUCAACAUCCUCCAGUUUAUCCAGAGGAUAUCCAGAGUUGCUGAAAAGGCUGCCAAUACUCCACAGUCCCAGUAUUGGAAAGUGGUACUGCAUCUGAGCUAUGACAUUUUGGAUAGUGUCAACGGCUUAGUCACUUCUCAGAUGUUCUUGUUGGUGACUAAAGGCCUGAUGGUGCAUAAGUUGGCAACUGUGAGACGUCGAAUUCUAGAGCUGCUGAACCAGAAGCUUCAGUACAACUUACAGUUCUUCUCGGAUUGUGAGCUCAACGAGAUAUAUACCUUGAUACCUCCUCUGGUUUCCAUAAUAGAAGGCUUGGACCAGGAAGUGGAGGCAGACCAAGAAAUCAUCAUACAAACAGCUUUGCUGUCACUUAAACUUCUAGUGAAAGCACUCGCCCAAGCUAAUCCAGAAAAGUUUGUACAAAUACUGGAGUUUGUUACUAAGAUCGUGAGGUCUGGUAAAGCUCAAAGUAAUGUAUUAGCUUCUGUUGUACUUUGUCUAGCAGAGCUUUGUGUACAAUUGAGAGGUCAUGCUAUAUCGAGCCUACCAGAUUUUAUGCCAGGUAUAAUUAAGAUCCUGAAGCAGCAGAAACACGAAGAAUCUUCCAGUUUACUCUUGAAGAGUAUCAUAACAACUGUUGAGAAAGUUAUAGAUAGCAUGCCUCUAUUCUUGAGCCCUUACCUCGAGAAACUUUUGGUGGAACUUUCGAUUUUGUCGUUCAAAUGGGAGUCGAACAAUGAAGAACAGAAACUGCAGCCUUUCAUAGUCAAGCUGGGGAACAUAAAGCAGAAACUCGGUAAAACGAUACCUUUGAGAGUUCUUUUGCCUGCUGUGGAGCAGUGCUAUAAUACCUUGGUGACCAAGAGCUGCUUCAAUGCCACCAGCGCUCUCAUGGCCAUUUUAGGCGAAGCCUUGACGAAUCUCAAAGGCGCUGACAUAACCUCAAACCUGCCAGCGCUUACCAGCUUCUUCCUGAAUGCCCUGAAGUUCCGCACCGAUAGUGAAUGUGCAUUGGAAGAGGCUAAUUUGGUGGAGAGUCACAUAGUAGAAGCCUUCACGGUGCUGAUUUUGAAGCUAUCUGAGAAUAGCUUCAGGCCUUUGUACUACAAGCUCUAUGACUGGGCUGUGAGGAGUGACGUCAAAAGCGAGCGGGUGAUUACGUUUUAUAAUCUUUCUAGUGGCAUUGCCAAAUCUUUAAAGGGGUUAUUUGUAUUGUUCGCUGGGCAUUUUGUGAACAAUGCUGCGCAGGUUUUGGACGCUAGCAACAAAGUCAAAAACGAAGAGCUGUAUUUUGACGAUGACGCAAAGAAUGCUUUGUUGUUGGAGAAUGUUCUGAAGACUCUGGACUGUGUGUUUUUGCACGACAACCAGAAAUUCGUGAACAAAGAUAGGUUCGAUAUUUUGAUGCAGCCACUUGUUGAUCAACUGGAAAACGAUCUAGGAGGGAUCAACGGGCUGCUGGAACGUAACGCUCAGCUGCUAACGCCCUGUAUAGUAGAUUUCGCGCUGGCCACUGCUGACGACGCCUUGUGGAAGCAGAUGAACUAUCAGAUUUUGUUGAAGAUGAGGCAUGCCACCCCGGCAAUUCGUUUGGCCACCUUGCGGUGUUUGACGGAAGUUGUGAGGAAGUUGGGGGAGGACUUUUUGCCACUUUUACCGGAGACUAUACCGUUCUUGGCGGAGUUGUUGGAGGAUGAGGAGGAGGAGGUGGAGAAGGCUUGCCAGAAGGCUGUGCAGGAGAUGGAGAAGGUUCUUGGGGAGCCUUUGCAGAAAUAUUUUUAAGUUUGUUAUUGUGAAGAAUUAAAGUUUUAUUCG